UCACAUGUGAAUCUCGGUUUCGUUCGUUUAUUGCCAAGUUCAUUAACCUUUUGCUUUGUUAGCACCAUCCCAUCUAAACACUUGUUGUCUGGUUGUGUUUAUUUCUCUAUUUUGUUUACUUCUACCGGCGGCCCAUCGAUUCCUACGCUUGUCUACUUCAUACACUCAGUACUCAUUUCACUCUGCAUCUCGAUGUUUUACGUUACAAUUUGUUUAUAAUAAAUAACCACAAUAUGUUAUAGAAUGUAAAAAGAGAUUUGCAACCACACGGAAAAUUUUUCCAUUAUGUUAACUUUAGCAAUUCCCCCAAAAUGAGCUUCCACAGUCGCAGUUCUAGUGAAAUAGACGCCAUACCAUAUGGUGAGAUCCUGCAGAUAUGUAUCAAGGAUUUUGAAAAAGAUUUCGAUUUUGCCGAUGUCAAGGAAAAAGUACGUGAUUGUUUCACAAAAACGGAGUUGGACUAUAUAGAAAAGGCGACAGGCAAAGAACAAAUUCAACAUCUUAUAUGGGUCUUGGUUGCCAAACCCGAUGAGAUAAUAACACAAUUUCUCGAUGGCAUUGUCUAUGACUAUAAGUGGAUUGUGGAAAAAAUUCAAAGUGAAGUUACAAAUCAUAGCGAUAAAACAGAAUUGUAUUUGGAAAAAUUACGUGCCAUACAGAGCAAGAAUGAAGCGCACACUCAGUACAAUGUACAUCGCACAAAGCCUUUUAUGGCACUAGGGCGAAAACUUCGCCUUUUGAAUCCGAAAAAAACCUACAACAGUGUUGUGCUCUUGGGCGAUCUGGGCAGUGGUAAAAAAUGGCUGGCAAUCGAUGUGUGCUCCGAUUUCAGGGUCAUGAAACACAUGGGCUUUAACAUAUUCUGGAUUGAUUGUAUUUAUUGUACAAACCCUGAAGAGGAUUACAAUGCCCUCAAACAGCUGAUGUUCAAAUUAAAUCCCGACUUUAAUUUCAAUGAGAUUCAAUGCGCCAAUAUUAAAGAUAAAAUCUCAACACUUCAAGUUAAAAUUAAACACUUGCUGGAAUCGAAAGAAUACAAAAAGUGCCUGCUCGUGCUGGCCAAUGUGCAAAAUACCAAAGCCGAGUCCGUUUUCAAAUUGGAUUGUAAACGCUUGAUAAUAACUCGCAAUCAGAAAAUCUAUGAUACUCUGCCAGAUAAAGUGAAUUUGAAAAUGAAAUUAACCGAAGGUUUGACAUUGAUGGAAUUCCACACGUUACUCGAUAAAUAUAUACGAAAAUAUAAAUGGCGUGAAGUGAAUCCCGAAUAUGCCAGUGAUAUUUACUAUGCCAGCAAUGCCGAUCCCUAUAUUUUGAGCAUAAUUGCCAGGCAAUUGCAAUAUAAACGUUCCAAUUGGGAUGAAUGGAAAAAGAAUUUGGAUACAUUACAAAUACCCGAUGAAAAAUUUCGACGUGAUAUAGAAAAUUCGUUACAGCUAUUAACACCGGAGCAAUUGCAAUUGUAUGCCACAUUAUCAAUAUUUCCACAUUGUGCCAAAAUACCAGUCAAGCUUUUGGCCAACCUGUGGCAAAAAAAUCUCUCCGAUACGGAAAAAAUCAUAGAAAAGCUCCACAGUAAAUCGUUUCUUGAAAAGGAAUUAUUGAGUGAUGAUGAUACCACAGUCUGUAGCUUACGUUAUAUCUACAGUUCGUACAUUAAAAACUGUCCCAGCAUUCAAAAUCUUAUCAAUGCCCAGCAAUUGCAUCGUGCCGUAAUCGAUUAUUACAAGGUUGAAGAACAUUUGGAUAUACGCAUAGAUGUGGACUUGUAUUUUGCUCCCGAACAUGAUAACUAUUUCUUUCAAUGUCUGGGCUAUCAUUUGUACGGUGCCAAUUAUAUCAACCUUUUCCAGCGCCUUUAUAUGGAUUUUGGAUUUUUAGGACAAAAAAUGCGCCAUGUAGGUCUGGCCAAUACAAUUGCCGAUCUGAAAUACUAUAAAAAAGAAAUAACCUUGAAUUGUACAUCGAAUAUCAUGGACAAACUGAUUACAUUCUUGGCCAAAGUGGAGGAGAAACUUUUGCAUGCGCCCGACUGUUGUCUACUACAAUAUGCCUUAUUGGCUAAUGAAGAGAUGAUCAGGCAAUUGGCCUCAAAGCAAAUAAGUCAAUUUCCAAGGAGAAUGUGGUUCGAGGAAACAGGCCGUUUCCAUCAGCGCCGUUUUAUACAUAAACUACACAGCAGCUGUAAAAUUAUACGCAUUUUGGACAGUGACAUUUGCAUAGUCGUUCUGCAUAACAAUGAAACGCAUCUGGUGGAUAUAUCGUUGGACACUUUGUGUUCCAAUGUGCAGUUGAUAAGGGAAUCGCCUGUCAAUAUUAUUGAUAUUAAACCCUUUAACGAUGCCAAUCACCUGUUGACUCUUGACUCAAAGGGCCAGCUGAAAUUGUGGAAAAUCUAUGAUGAAAAACGCCGCAUGAUUGCCCAGCGCCGUAAUUCGGCGAGCAAGUUUAAUCUGGGCGAAUACAAGUUUUGUCGUCAACAAAUUGCCAGCUGUACUUUUCAGCAGUGCAUAAACGAUGACAUUAUGGGCUUGAGGCAUAUAGUGGCCUUCUAUAUGGAAUCGCCGGACAAUAAGCUGCACGUGGCUUUGGACAAUGGUGACAUUAUUGUAUUCGAUUGGACACAUGAAGAAUUUAGAACCAAUCACUUCUAUGUGCCCUUCAAAACAGACAUUGUGGACAUCAAGUGUAUUUGCAAAAUCAAUUGCACCCAUUAUAUGAUCCUACAUGGCAGCACUGAAACCCCGGUAGAUAUAACUUUUAUAAAUUUACGCAAUACUGGAAAGGAGAAUAUAAAUUUCGAUUGGCCACGUGUCCUUAAGAAUUUUAUCUACUACGAAGUGUGUGGCGAUUGCAUUUUGAUGGUCUAUCAAAAUGCCAUAGUUCGCUUGAGUCCCAGUUUUUAUCCCGGCUAUGUGGGCGGAAGCAUCGAGGUGCUUUUCGAGGACAAUAACUUCAAUAUCAACUGUGCCAAAUACUCAUUGAAAUACAACUAUUUGAUGGUGGGUUCCAAUCCGGGUCUUCAUGUUUUCGAUCUAUCCAAGCCGGUCAAAGUGCUGGAGAGUAUUGUCAGUGAGAACGUCACCUCCAUUGAUAUUUACGAUUUGGACGAUGAGGAGUACAAGUGUAUGGUUACAUGUGGCAUAGAAAGGAAAACGAUAAUCUAUUUACUGGGUCUAUGCAAGGCAGCGGAUAAAUUGGAUUGGCAGCACAACCGCGCACACAGCAAUCAAUUGGUGGGCGAACAACGGAGCGCCAUACGUUUUAAGGGUAAACGUAUGUUCGAUGUUGCCACAUAUGGCGGCCAGAGCUACCUCUAUGCCAUUGAUAGCGAAAAUAGAAUCCAUCAGAUAUCAACAUCCGAUGCGAAGAACUGGAAUAUCCUUAAGAUACCCAAUCUAACACUGCCACAAAUAACUGCCAUUUGUUGCCAAGGCGACAAGGCUUUUGUUGCCAUCAAAAGCCAAGGUAUUUACGAUUUACAUCAACACAAAUACGUCGGAGAAUUGCAAAAGUCAGUAGUUGUAAAUAAUCUUAGAUUAAUUCAUGGUGACACCCUAAUCGCCACCUCCGACUCAAACACUCAUAUAAUUAUUCUAAAUAAUAAUAGUGGACUUUGUCAGCAGAGAAUCGACUUUGUGGCGAAAUUUUGCUAUGCGUUUUUGGAUAACCAUUACAUGUUGGUAAAUGCAUUUGGCAGCAUUGUGUUCGUAGCCAGAGAUUUGAAGCAUUUCAAUAUUGGAACUGAAGCUUUAAAUGGUUUGGCCGAUUGCGAUCUAAAAGCUGGCAUGGUUUUCCUGGGUUUUAAGGAUUUCCAGGUGGAGAUUUACGCCCUGCGCGCCAAUGGAUCAAAUGUCGAGUGUAAAUCACUGUAUUCACAUCAAGAAAGUAACUGCCAAAUAACAUGUUUAACUGCCUCAUCCAAUGGCAAAUUGUUUGCCGUGGGAUUGAAUACAUCACCACAAGCCCAAACCUCUGAACAUUGUAUGAUGCCCAACCAUGACUUAAAAACUGCCAACAACAAUACGCCUGUAUCUUGCGGUGACAUCAAUGUCUAUAAACUCAACAACACAGAUGAUAAGUUUACGGCUGACAAAAUAUUCUGCCUAAAAUCGCAUACCAGUCCCGUUCACGAUUUGCAUUUUUCACCACAAGCUGAUGUACUUGUUAGCGUGUCGGGACAAAUAUGCUUUUGGAACAUAUCUUAUGUACUCAACAACCCCUUGACUGCCAAUACUAAAAAAAGACAUAGCUCUAGAUUUUCAUCACAAAGAAGUGCCGAAGAGGUUGAUGCCACCCAUGUGCUGACCCGUAAUCGCAAUAUGAAGGCGGUAUUCCGUAGUGAAAUGAAAAAAUCAUUUUGUAAAAGUUUGUCUUUGCAAGCUUCUUCGUUUGAUUCGGAUGGCAACAGUGAUGGCGAAGUCUUCGAAUCGGAGGUAAAACAGAUGCAACAGCAGCAGCAAACCGAAGAAAGUUUUUGGCAAUAUCUAACAGGGCCAGAGGAUAAGGCCGAAUUAUUGUCAUGUUAUAAACUGGAUGGUAACGAGGCCAUGCAGUUGUUCGCAAACCACGACUUUAGCCAAUUCUAUACCAUAGAUGACGAGGGCGUCUAUUAUAAUUUAAAUAUCAUUCAACAACCCAGCAAAUCUCCCAUACUCAAAGAAGAUUCUCCAGAUACAGUUGAUUUGGGUGAUUAUUCUUCGAGAUCUGGCAGUGAGGCGUCUGCCGAUACAGAGAAUGGUAACACACUUUACAAAGACAUGGAUCGCCGUUUAUCGUUGUCAUCGUCUGCGUCGGGCCGCGAUGUCGUCGACAAUUACCAAGCAUGACAACCAAUGCCGACAACGGCGGCCCACCCCAGCACCAAACAGUCCAGUACUUAUGCUCUCCUUCUUCAAGACUAUUCUAGUUGUAUACAAAACAUGUUAACGUCCUUUUUAAUUAUUUUAUGUAUUUUGUUAUUAUUUAGUCAUUUCUUUGAUUGUGCAUUUUUUAUGUGAAUAUUUUAAGCGUUAUUAAGAAACACAAACACCCACUCAAAUCUAGUAAGCAUAAAGUAAAAGCAAGCAAUCAAAAAUAUUCUAAAAAUAUAUAUAUUAUAUUGUAAAUGAUAAUUUACAAUUAAAUAAUCAUUAAAUUUAUACAAAAA